GUGCGUGCUUCGGGUAUUUCGUCAGUACCUUUGCUGUUUCUGAUCGUGUCGAUGCUUUGUUGUAUUCGUCGUUACUAACGAGCAUGAGUCCCGUGUGGCUGUUCUCUAACUAAUCUGUUACAUUGGAUACUUUUUGCUGCUUUGAGUUACUUCCGCAUUUUAACAGGAGUUGGUGGAAGCGCCAGCAGGGUUUUUCUCAGCACAGCUGUGUGAUCCACGUCUCCCUCUGCUUCCAGACAUGGCGGUGUUCGACAACUGCUCGGUGCUGUUCGAACUCAAAGGUUUGUCGUUCAAGGAGAAGAAGAAAGUGAAAUCAGCAGUCACAGAUCAUGGAGGCAACCUUUCGUUUGUGGUCAACAAACAGUGCUCUUUGGUAGUGACAACCGAUGUAUCUAACCUAAGCUCCAACAGGCUGCGUAGCAUUCAGAAAUACCACACACCUGUGGUCGGGGUGGAUUAUGUGUACAGGUGUGUGGAGAGAGGAGUUCUCCUGCAGGUAGAUGAAUACAAGCUGGACACGUCCUCUGCCUCACCAGGUCCUCUUCAUCGCUCUUCCUUCAAGACGGCUCCACUGGCUUCACUCGCACCUCAGCAGAUAGGGUCAAAAGGCUGGGCCCAACCUAUGGAGUGUGUCAGUGGGACUCAGAGGGCAGAGAGUCCUGAGAGGAGUGGGAAUGUGCUGGACAGGUUCAGAAUUUAUAGAGAAACUGAUUCGGAUCUUCCGUCAGACCAAAGUGACUUUCAAGUGGCAAAGUAUUCAAUCUUUGAAAAGGUAAACAGCAACAGUUGGUGUGUGCUGGAGCUGCAGAGCUUCAAAGGGGAGGAGGGGCGGCAGUACCGUGUGGUCAGAUACUGGAAGGAUGAUCUACUCUGUGAGAAGAAGGCCGUGAGGGACAAGCUGGUGUUUUUGUCCACCUCAGAGGAAGCUCUGGAGCUGAUCCAGGCCCUGAGAGACAGCCUGGAGGCUUCAGGUCUCCGGAAGCAGAGCAGGUUUCCUCCUUCUGCCCGUGAGAUGGGCUCUGCGCCCCUCCAGCAGCUGCUCCUGGAAGAGAAGCUCAACACAGGAAGCUUAUCACAGGAAGUGGGUGUAUUUGUGGAGCUGCUGUGGACUGAGGCGCUGGGCUGCCUCGACAACAUCCUCAGAGUUUCAGUUGACAAGCUCAGCCUGAAUGAUGUGAGCAGGGCAGAAGGCUUGUUGCUUCAGGCUCAGAAGAAGCUGACAGAGGGAAACCACACUGAGCCGAUGAGUCUCCUGGAGGAGUUCUACACUCUGCUGCCACACAGACAAUCCUCCAUGUUUCCCAGCACCAAGCUCAUCUCUCAGAAACUGGACCUCUGUCAGUUAAUCCGAGAUGUUCUGAAUGCAAGCGAGAUGACUCUGAGGAGCCCCGCCCCUUCCACUGUGGGGAAGUAUCGAGCUCUGAGGUGCAGCGUUGAGACGGUUCCCCCCAGUAGCUCCGAGUUUCAGGCUGUGACCGAUCUCCUGCAGGACAGGGUGCAGAUCCAGCAGAUUGUGUGUGUCGGCCGAGGGGUGGAGCUUCAGACCUUUAAGAGCGAGCUGGGGAAUGUUAAGCCACUCCUCCAUUCCUCCAGUCCCAACAACUUUGUGGGAAUCCUGUCUCGUGGCCUGCUGUUGCCCCGUGUGGGAGUCGAGCACCACGGGAUAGAAAGAACGGACUUCGGCAAACUGGGCGGUGGGAUCUACUUUAGUGAUUCCCUGAGCACCAGUCUGAAAUACUCCAAGGCCAGCGUGACGGACGGCUCCCGGUUGUUGUUGGUGUGUGAUGUUGCGUUGGGACGUUGCAGGGAGAUCUACAAGACGGACAUCCUGCUGAAGCAGGCUCCCGAUGGAUACGACAGCGUGCGCGGAGUCCGCCGCGCUCCAAACACUCCCUCUGAGUUUGAGGAUGAUGAGUAUGUGGUAUACAGUCCUGAUCAGGUGAAACUCAAGUAUGUGGUUCAGUUCAGCAUCCAAGGAGACCAGCUGAAGGACUUCACUCCUGCCAUGAACAUGUCAGCUGAGCUCUGUCUUCCUUGUUCUGCUGAAGAGCUCAGUUUAGGCGAUGAUAUGUUUGAAAGCAGUAAAAACCCUCUGGAAGAGGUGACCGCCGGACUGUUGGACAGCACUGGUCAGCAGCUCCCUCUGCAGGCCGUUCAUGUGAAGUGUAAACUGAUGGAUCUGCUUUCUCAGGUCAUCAUCUUCCAGAAAUACACAAAUCUGAGCUCAGUGCCCAUUGAGGCAAAGUAUGUUUUCCCUCUAGAUGAUUCAGCUGCAGUGUGUGGGUUCGAAGCUUUCAUCAACGGGAAGCAUGUCGUGGGACAGGUGAAGGAGAAAGAAACAGCUCGCAAGGAGUACAAACAGGCUAUUGAGAAAGGACAUGGAGCUUAUCUCAUGGACCAGGAUGCACCUGAUGUGUUCACCAUCAGUGUGGGUAACCUGCCCCCUGGUGCAACUGUCCUCAUCAAAGUGACCUUUGUCUCCGAGCUGAUUGUCAGGGACGGCACAAUUCUCUUCUCCCUGCCCGGCAGCGUGGCUCCGUGGCAGGAGAGUGCAGCCCUCAACCAGACCACACAGGUCACUGUGGAGAAGGUGUGCGUAACUGAUGAAGCUGCGAGUGUCAGAGAGUUCACCUUGGACCUGUCAGCUGAAAUGCCCUAUGAGAUCUCCAGCCUGCAAUGUAUCACUCACCAAAUCAAGAUGAAGAAAACCGACUGUAAGGCAGUGGUGAGUGUGCUGCCAGGACAGAUCAUGGGUCCAGAUGGAUUCCAGCUGUCCAUCAUGCUGUCUGACGUCCACCUGCCCAGGAUGUGGGUGGAGAAACACCCUGACAAGGACAGCCAGGCCUGCAUGUUGGUUUUCUAUCCAGACUUUGAGGUCAGCUCCAGUUCAGAUGCAGAUGAAGUCAUCCUGCUGUUGGACACAUCCGAGUCCAUGAAGGGAGAGUCUCUCCGCUCGGCCCGCAGAAUUGCCCUGCAGAUUCUCAAAAGCCUGGAUCGCAGCCUGAGACUCAAUGUGGUUUUGUUUGGAACAGAUCACACAGAAGCUUUCCUAACAGUGACGCCACUUGGUGAAGUUUAUGAAGAAGCCCAGAGAUUCAUCAAGCACUCGGCUCCAUUAGGGGGAGGCACUGAGCUGUGGCGUCCCCUGCGAGCGCUCAGCUUGCUGCCUCCAUCGCGCGGCAUCAGGAACCUGCUGCUGCUGUCGGACGGCCACAUCCAGAACACCGAGCUCACCUUGAAGCUGCUCAGAGACAAUGCUCAGCACAGUCGCCUCUUCACCUGUGGCCUCAGCACGAUGGCCAACCGACACGUGCUGAGAGCCCUGGCUCAAGCAGGGGGCGGAGCCUAUGAGUUCUUCGACACAAAAACCAAACACAACUGGGCAGAGAAGGUGGCCUGUCAGCUGAAGCGUAUGGCAUCUCCUGGCUGCAGUUCAGUAUCUGUCAAGUGGCAGCAGUUCAGCCCAACAAGUCCACCUCUGCAGGCUCCCAAGCAGCUGCACGCUCUGUUCAAUGACUGUCACACUCUGGUUUAUGGCUUUGUGCCACACUGUACUCAGGCUACUCUCCUGGGAAAUCUGAGUGGUCAGGAGCUCAAAACAAUGGUGUCAACCAGCGAGCUGCAGAAAACAAAGGGCACAUUUCUUCACAAGCUCACCGCGAGGGCCCUCAUCAGGGAUUAUGAAGACGGGAACCUGGACACCAGUGAAGCUGAACACGAGGGUAAGAAAGCAGAGUUGAAGUCCUUCAUCAUCGAGCUAAGCAAAGAAUUUUCCAUCCUGUCUCAGUUUACCAGCUUUGUGGCCAUUGAGGAACGGGACUCAGAGCAACCACAGCCUGGUUUUACAGACAUCCCCAAGUUGAUUGCAGAGGAAGAUGUGGACUUCCUUCCCUACAUUAACUGGAUUUCUCCCGAGGAUGAUGAAGACCUAAUAGAGGAAGAGUCUUCGGACGAGGAAGAGUGCUACUCUGAUCUUAUGGAGAUUUGUGGCUCUCUUGGUCCAAUCCCGAGUCCCGACUACUCUCCUCCAGCUCCACCUACAACUUCUUUUAAGGAGCAUGCUUCACUAUAUUCAAUUUCUGCAUCCCCGGCUCCCCCUCCACCUCCUUCUUCUAUAAAGCGUGCUUCAGACGAUGUUCGCCACCUUUCUUUUUCUGCAUCCCCGGCUCCAUCUCAGCCUCCUCCUUUUAUGGCUCCCCCUCCCCGUCUUUCUUCUAUGCACCGCGCUUUAGCGGAUGUUCCACAAUGUUUACUUUCUACACCCAUGGUUCCCUCUUCUUGUUCCCUUAUGGAGCAUGUUCCAGAGGUUGUUCCACAACCCCCUCGACCCCCCUCAUCCAGCCUUUCUUCAUUUCGUCGUGAUUAUCCUUGUAGUACUUCCAUAGAUUCGUUUUCAUCAGACAGUCAGGCAGUGGGGCACAUCAAUAUUCCACUUCCAGGGAUCUAUACGGCUCGGAUGAGAUCCUUUUCAUGUAAGAGUCUCACACUGGACAGCAGGAGAUCAUCACUCCCAAUUCGUGGUUACUCUUCAGCAAUGGAAAAUCAGUUGCACAGUGCACUUGAUUCUGUGUCUGAUGAGCCAGAACAGAGUUCAUCUGAAUAUGUUGAAGGCGUUUCUCACAUGGUUCCACCUGCUAUAGAAAAGUAUGGCUCUGAGCUUAAGAGAGGAGGCUUUAUGUCUGUAAAAUGCAAAGACAGAGAAGCAGCCAGACAUCCGUCUUUCAGCCCAGAUUCUUGUAGUUUUGGCUUUAAAGUUAGAGAACAACUUCCUGAGACGUCAGCUCCAUCGGAUUUAGAGCACCAACCAAAACCUUACCUCCAAAUGCCAUUAUUUGGUCAGGCAGGGAAAACACUCGAGUUAAAGAGUGGAGUCUUUUCUGUGGAGUCCUUUUUACCUCCCAAAUUGUACGACCUCAGCACAGAUGGGAGUCUGCCUGACACUGCUCCUGCAGCAGUACCGUCUCAGAUGGUUGUUGAAUCUGAUCACACACAUGAAGCAACUUCUCUGUCUGUUGCGCGGACUCCCAUAGGGCCGUCUUUUGGGUCAGCUAAGUUUACUUCCAGUGGCGUUCACUCUAAAUUAGGUAGCUCAAGCUUCACCUAUGAUGGUGCUCUGGGUUCUACAGUGGUUCCUGUGACGUCAGCUCCAUCAGAUUUAGAGCACCAACCAAAACCUCACCUCCAAAUGCCAUUAUUUGGUCAGGCAGGGAAAACAUUCGAGUUAAAGAGUGGAGUCAUUCCUGUGAAGUCCUUUUUACCUCCCAAAUUGUACGACCUCAGCACAGAUGGGAGUCUUCCUGACACUGCUCCUGCAGCAGUACCGUCUCAGAUGGUUGUUGAAUCUGAUCACACACAUGAAGCAACUUCUCUGUUUGUUGCACAGACUGCCAGAGACAGAGGGCCGUCUUUUGGGUCAGCUAAGUUUACUUCCAGUGGCUUUCGCUCUCCAUUAGUGGCUUCUGGUAGCUCAAGCUCCACCUAUGAUGGUGCUCUGGGUUCUACAGUUUUUCCUGUGACGUCAGCUCCAUCAGAUUUAGAGCACCAACCAAAACCUGACUUGUGCUUACCAUCAGAAAGGCAGGCAUGGAAAACAGCCUGCAGCAAAAGUGACUCUUGUUAUGAGUCCUUUUUACCUCCCGCCCUUUCCAACAAUGAUGUUCCUGUAGGCCCUACAAUGGCUCCUGAGAUGGCCGCUCAGUUUCAUUACAGAGGAUUUACUUCCUCUUAUGGUUUACCCAGAGUUGAAAUUUGCAGUGCAUCACAACCUCACCAUGAACCUGAAGGUCCGAGCAGUGCACCACAACUUCCUGUAAGAGCAAGUGUUCUACAAAGAAGGCCUGUCCCAGCAUCUUUCAGCGCUGGCCGUCAGAAUCUCCCAACUAAAUCUUUCCUGCAUCAUCAGUCAGCUGUACUGAAUGCAGCAGAAUCUCCUGAAGCGCUGAAGCUCAGAUGGAUGAAGAUCUUCCAGAUGCAACAUUCAGAAGGGUACUGGGAACUAACCACAGAACUGGGGGAACUAAUUAAUGUCAAUGUGGACCUGUUUGCCAACGUGUUCCUGAAGAACAAAGGCAUCCAUUCUCUCGGCGUGACAGCCCACGCAGACAUCCUGAGGCUGGUGGCAACUCUUCUGGUUCUGCAGCUGAUGAAAGCAAACAAAUUGGAAGAAGGCAAACUGCUCCGCACCCUGUUUCGCCUGGAAGAAGCUUCUCAGUCCAGGCCUGAACGAUGGCAGCAGGUGAAGAAGGCGGUGGACUGGGUUUGCUGGGCUGACCGACAGUACCCCUGUGUCUAUAGUCGGCUAGAGUUUGGUUUGAGCUGGGAGUCCGCCACCCGUCAGCUACUGGGUUAUGAAAGCCUCCCUCCCUUCUCGCCUCUCUGUGGUCUGGAUCUACAGAGGACAACGGCCCCAGUACUGGUCCAGUGAGAAGAUGCUGUGGACACCGUGCAGCCUUUCAGAGGGGAUUACAGUAGCUUUAGAUAUGUUUGUAGAUGAAUAUGCAUGUAUUCCUUUGCCUUUUAAGAAGAAGUUUGUACUCUCUGUGUGUUUAUACAUGUAUGGAUAAUCAGAAAUGUCCUCUGCUGAAAUCUAAUUUCUCAAAUGUUACAAAUACAGGCCAUUUACACUGAGCAUUUACCAUACAUAGAGCAGUUGUUUUGUCAUCUGUGAAGUAAACUGGUAUUUAAUCCAGGUCAGGUGGUAAAAUGUACUUAAUUUGAGACACAAGUUGUUGGGGUUUUUUUUAUUGCAUAACACAGUAUCUGUUUUUUAAAACAUUUCAUAGCUGUUGGUGUUGGUGGCACAGGCUGACUGUUCUUCACAGUUGUUGUUUUGUGUACUGGGAUAAUGGUGCAGGGUCUCAGGCAUGACAUAUGAGAGGUUGAACAGCUUGGUAAGUACCUCUGAUGCUGGAGGACCAAUGUUAACUCUCCAGUGAUUGGGUAGCAGAAUGUUGGAGUCUCCCGUCCUCCCUGGGUGUCAAAGGGGCCACAAAACUGGUUACGGGCAUCAACCAGGUUUGUGUCUUCAGAUGCACAUUGUAACGUGAUUUUAUAGUCAGUCAGUGACUUGAUACUUAUUUACAUGUAACAAGGGUUGUUGUUAAUAAAUUGCUACUCUAUGACCUGUUUGUGCCAGUGCUUUACCUUCCUGCCUUUUCCAGCUUCUGCCGUGUUAAGUUGUAUGCUAAGGGAGGCUGAAGAAAUUGAAGACAUGCAAAGGGUGCCAGGUUUGAGGGUCUCAGGAUCUUAUCACUGGUUUUUGAAGAUGAAGUGGUUGUCUUAGGUUCACCACGCUAUCACAUCCGGCUGACACCAAGAUGGUUAUAGUAAGGAGCCCAGUCAUUUAGGAAGGGUGUGAGAGAGGUGUGGAUUGGCAUGAAAACAAUCAUUAUAUUCAGGCCAUCCCAUCUCUGCUGAGAACAGAGGCAAUGAGUUGAAUGUGUUUUUCAACAGAUUGAAAUGCUCACCUCCCUACUGAUUUACCUGUAGUCAGCCUUCAGUCCAUGCCACUCUCUCUCCGCUUUGCACCUCAGGCUACGUCUACACUAAUCCGGAUAAAUUUGAAAACGGCGUUUUCAUCUAAAACACCCCGCGUCCACACUAUCAUUUUCAAUCAUUUUCAAAGAGUUGUUCAUCCACACUGAAACAACCUAAACUGCUUACGUUUCAGUCCUGCAAAGUAAGAAGAUUCGACCCGCCUCAUUUCUGUCUGCCGUUUAUUUACUUUCCGGCUCUUUGAAACGUGGCGGCAAAAUGUCGAGGAAAAGCACCGAGUUUUUUAAAUGGACUAACAAUGAAGUGGAGUUGUUGUUGUGAGUAACACAAAAGUACAAAGUUGCAAAAGCGAGUGAGAAUUAAAGAAUUUGAAGAAAAGCUAUCUGGAGCAUGUACAGACUGAUAUUAAUUUUUAAUAGGGCUGUCAAAACUGAGAGCAAACAAAACAACUGCUGCUCCGCUGUCUUAGUUUAAUUGGUCACAUGACUGCAUCAUAUAACUAAAAUGCGUCAUCUUUCCAAAAGUCUGCGGUUACGCUGUCCACACUGCCACGCGAAAACAGCGUUUUCAAUUGUUUCUGCUUUAGAGAGGGUUUUCAAAAAGCUCAGUUUUCCUUGACUGAAAACGCCGUCUCAGUGUGGAGGCCAAAACGGAGACAAAAAGAUACGUUUUCAAACGAUAACGUAUUAGUGUGGACAUGGCCAUAGCCUCCUGUGAGUCCUGACACUCCUCCCCCCACCUGUCACUUUCACUCAUGUCCAGGCUCAUGAGAAGACUGGAUCAAAAGCACUGUGAGCCUCUUGUUUUUCGACUUUUCCAAUGCAUUCAAUAAAAUCAUGCCAACUCUCCUGGGUGAUAAGCUAACAGCAAUGAAUGUGGAUGCUUCUCUUGUGUCCUGGAUUGUUGAUUAUGUGACAGGAAAAUCACAGUAUGUGCGUCUUCUUUAUUGUGUGUCUAAUAAGGUGAUCAACAACACAGGGGCAGCGCUUCCUCUUCACCAUCUACACCACAGACCACUGCACAGAGUCCUGCCAUCUUCAGAGGUUUUCUGAUGAUUUUGUGGUGGUUGGAUGCAUCAGUGAGAGCGAUGAGUCAGAGUACCGGGCUGUGGUCGACUCCUUUGUCACGUGGUGCGAGCAGAAUCAUCUGCAGCUCAACGUGGCAAAGACCAAAGAAUUGAUUAUGGACUUUAGGAAGAACAGGAAAAUUGUGACCCCUGUUUCAAUCCAGCGGGUCGAUGUGGACAUUAUGGAGGGCUAUAAAUACCUCGGAGUACACACUGAUAAUAAACUGGACUGGUUAAAAACACCACUGCACUUUACAGGAAGGGCCAGAGCCAUCUCUAUUUUCAGGUUUUCAACUGAACUUUGCUCACCACUUCCCACAACCACCCUGACUCUCCUUUCCCUCUGUUUCAGUGCCCUAGAACGCUGAUUCUUGAACCACAGUUUUCCUGCUGACCCAGCCAGUUUAAGCUCAGGUCUGCCUGGUCUGGAGUUUCAUAGUCCAUGUUAGAUGUGUUUAAUACUCUAGCUUGCACAUUCAUAGUUCAUUUGCUCGAAUCCGGUUUCAUAGCCUUAGUUCUUGGUCAUUGUGUUGUACUUUGUUUCUGUAAAUAAA